AUGGGAAAGGUGCAGCAGCAGCAGCAGCAGCAACUUGUCUGCCGGGAGAUGCGCUUUGCCUCAGCAGCACCUCCAACAUCUGCCGACCGCACGGAUAACUACAGAAUUAUUUAUCAUUAUUGCGCAUACGCACCGUGUUCUCUCAAUUUUUUUCAAGUGAUUUUCAUUGAGUGUUAUUGUUUUUUUUUUUGUUUUACGUUUCAGGCCUUCGUGUGUCUUCUGCUUAUUGGAGUGGCCAGUGUGACUGGAAAACCAAAGCCUCCGGGAGGCGGCGGUUGGUCCUCUGGAGGAGGAGGAGGAGGAGGUGGCUGGUCCUCUGGAGGAGGAGGAGGAGGUGGGGGGGGAGGAGGAGGCGAUGUACAGAUCAUUAAAGUGAUCACGGAGAGCGGCGGCGGAGGUGGCGGCGGCGGUUGGUCUUCCGGAGGAGGAGGCGGCGGCGGUUGGUCUUCCGGAGGAGGAGGCGGCGGCGGCUGGUCUUCAGGAGGCGGCGGCGGAGGAGGCGGCGGCUGGUCUUCAGGAGGCGGCGACGGAGGCGGCGGCGAUGUGAAGCUCAUUAAGAUCAUAAGCCUGGGAUCCGGAGGCGGCGGCGGCGGCGGCGGCUGGUCUUCAGGAGGAGGUGGUGGCGGCGGAGGCGGUUGGUCUUCAGGUGGAGGCGGCGGCGGCGGACACGGGGGCGGCGGCGGUGGUGGCUCCAAGGUCAUCAAGAUCAUCAAGCUGAGCUCUGGAGGAGGAGGCGGUGGCCACGGUGGCGGCGGUGGUGGCGGUUGGUCUUCAGGAGGAGGCGGCGGCGGCGGUUGGCAGCCCGCUGGAGGAUGGGCAUAGAAUACAUGCCCAAAAACCUAGGAAGCCAUCGAAGCAAUCCACCCCCACUCUUGUAAAUACUGUACAUAUCCAGAAGCUAUUGUUUUUUUGUUACUAUGCCCCAGAGAACUGUUACUAAAUUAAGCAUGAGUCUUUGCUUGAAAUGCACAAAUUGAAUAUUAAAUAAAUGUACCCUUAAACUGUGACUCUUUAAAGGCCAUUAUUGUUUUGUAUAU